CCUGAGCGAAGCGGGUUCCCUACGUGGCUGGGAGCCCCCCGCUGCCUGGGGAGCCCAGGGGAGCUGCAGGUGCCCCGCGGGAGACGCAGACCCCCCUGCUGCAGGGCUGCGUGCUGCGGAAGGUGGUGGCUGUGGGCUGAGGCGUGUACCCGACAUGCUGCGCUGAGUGGAUCCGGAGGGUCCUGUGCCCAGGGCGUCGGGGUUCUAAGCCCCCAUGGCCUGGCCAGAUUCCAGCUGGAAGCUCUUUUGCUUUGCUUCCCCCCCCCCCUCUUCUGUGGGUUGUAGCCACUUCCUGUCCUGAGGUGUGUGGCUGCUAAUCAGCUGCCACUUCUCAACCUUGGUGCUGGGGGAAGGAGCUCUGCAAGCUGCUUUGAGAUCCUGGGCUGGAAGGGGGUGUUGGGGGCUGCUCCCCGGGUAGGAUCGUGCCUGCGUCCCCGCAGUAACGGGGCGUGCUGUCAUGGCGCUGACACUGGCUCCCGGGAUGUAGAUAAGGGCCGUGGAGGAGGAGGAGGAGACGGAAUAACUCUCCAAAGAGGCUGGAGCUAAACGGAGCACGGGCUUGGCCGCCAUUCAAGACAAAUAGAGUUUGAAAGCAGAAGAUUAUUUGAGUUUUGCUGCAUAUUGAAUCACUCGGGCUGGGCUGGAGGAGGGGCUCUGGGGCCACAUUAAAAGGCCCUGGUGGCUCUUUCAAACACAGGGUGCCUGGCCCAGCCUGCCCCUGUGCCUGCCCCAUGCCCAGCUGGACGUGAGGUGGGACUAGGGCACUGCCCUCCUGCUGCCUUGUUGGGUUAAAUGCCGGCUCCUCUCGUCCCAGCUCAGUGCUCCUGGCACAGAGCAGCCACCCAGCAUGUCGUGGUUUAGUGGCAUUCUGGUGCCCAAGGUGGACGAGCGGAAGACAGCAUGGGGGGAGCGGAACGGCAAGAAGGGCCAGCGCCCGCGCUCCUCGCUCUGCGGCCCACGCUACAUGAGCUGCCUGCAGGACCCCGACCUGGAGCGCGGCGCCCACCCACGGGCCGGCCUGGGGCUGCACUGCUCCUGGCAGGAGCCUCACUACGGCAAGAAGGGCCCCGUGGGGGUCGCCGGCGACCUGGGACUGAAGUCGGUGGACUUGGGCUUUGAGGAUGGUGAGGCCAAGGGGCUGAAGGCGGCGGUGGAGGAGGGGGCGGCCGGGCCGGGGGAGCGACUGUCGGAGCGCCUCCUGCUUUCGGUGCUGCCCCAGCAUGUUGCCAUGGAGAUGAAGGAGGACAUCAGCACCAAGAAGGAGGACAUGAUGUUCCACAAGAUCUACAUCCAGAAGCAUGACAAAGUCAGCAUCCUGUUCGCAGACAUCGAGGGCUUCACCAGCCUGGCGUCCCAGUGCACGGCCCAGGAGCUGGUGAUGACGCUCAACGAGCUGUUUGCACGCUUUGACAAGCUGGCCUCGGAAAACCACUGUCUGCGGAUCAAGAUCCUGGGAGACUGCUACUACUGUGUGUCCGGGCUGCCGGAGGCGCGUGGCGACCACGCUCACUGCUGUGUGGAGAUGGGAGUCGACAUGAUAGAAGCCAUCUCCUGCAUUCGCUGCGGUGCACGUGCUCUGCUCAGCCCCGUGCUGCGGGUGCUGGCUAUCCACUCCCAUGAGCACCCCACCACGGCGCCGGAGCUGGAGAAGAAGUACUCCAAGAAGGUGGACGAUCGCUUUGGGGGUUACGUGGCCUGCACCCUGCUCGUCUUCUGUUUCAUCUGCUUUAUCCAGAUUGUGAUGUUCCCACGCUCCCCACUGAUGCUCGGCGUCUAUGUCAGCAUCUUCGUCAUCCUGGUGAACAUCCUCUUUGUCUGCGCUGUCUAUUCCUGCAUCAGCCUCUUCCCUGUAGCCCUGCAGCGGGUCUCCCAGAAGAUCGUCCAGUCCCGCACCCACAACACCUUUAUUGCCGUCUUCACCAUCCUCCUCGUCUUCAUCUCCGCGUUCGUCAACAUGUUCGCCUGCAGCCACAUGCCCCUGCGGGACUGUGCCGCCCGCACCCUCAAUGUCACGCCCGAGGCCGUGGGGCCCUGCCAGGUCCGCGCCCUCAACUACUCACUGGGCUCUGAAGCGCCCCCUUGCCCGGGCACCCUGACGCCUCUCUGCCUCCCCCAGUAUUUCAGCUACAGCAUCGUGCUGAGCCUGCUGGCCUGCUCCGUCUUCCUGCACAUCAGCAGCAUCGGGAAGCUGGGGCUCAUGCUGGCCAUGGAGGGGCUGUACCUGGUGCUGGCCGCUAUGAACUGCUGCCUGGCGGAGGAGAAGGUGGCCCUGAAGUACAUGACCCCUGUGAUCCUGGCCGUCUUUGCCUUGGCGCUCUAUCUGCACGCCCAGCAGGUGGAGAGGACUUUCCACACCCGUGUCCCCAGCCUGGCGGAGGAGAAGGUGGCCCUGAAGUACAUGACCCCUGUGAUCCUGGCCGUCUUUGCCUUGGCGCUCUAUCUGCACGCCCAGCAGGUGGAGUCCACGGCCCGACUUGACUUCCUCUGGAAGCUACAGGCCACGGGGGAGAAGGAGGAGAUGGAGGAGCUCCAGGCUUACAACCGGCGCCUGCUGCACAACAUCCUGCCGAAGGACGUGGCCGCGCACUUCCUGGCGCAGGAGCGGUGCAACGACGAGCUCUACUACCAGUCGUGCGAGUGCGUGGCCGUCAUGUUCGCCUCCAUCAGCAACUUCUCCGAGUUCUACGUGGAGCUGGAGGCCAACAACGAGGGGGUGGAGUGUCUGCGGCUGCUCAACGAGAUCAUCGCCGACUUCGACGAGAUCAUUAGCGAGACGCAGUACCGGCAGCUGGAAAAGAUCAAGACCAUUGGCAGCACCUACAUGGCUGCGUCAGGGCUGAACGACAGUACGUACGACCGCGAGGGCCGGACGCACAUCACCGCGCUGGCCGACUACGCCAUGCGCCUCAUGGAGCAGAUGAAGUACAUCAACGAGCACUCCUUCAACAACUUCCAGAUGAAGAUCGGGCUGAAUAUCGGGCCGGUGGUAGCGGGUGUCAUCGGGGCCCGGAAGCCUCAGUAUGACAUCUGGGGGAACACGGUGAACGUCUCCAGCACCAUGGAACGCACUUCUCUUCCCCGUCCCCAGGUGACGACAGACCUGUAUCAGGUGCUGGCGGCCAAGGGCUACCAGCUGGAGUGCCGUGGGGUCGUCAAGGUCAAGGGCAAAGGGGAGAUGACCACCUACUUUCUGAACGCCGGCCCGCCCCGCAGUUAGCGCCAGCCGCAACCUUCUGCCUGAAGGACCC